GUCAAAGGGCAUCAGAGGGAAACGGAGGGGUGUGGUGCAGAGGGGAUAGGAAUAUAUUUAGCCGAGAGCCCUGUAAGUCUAGGAGCCCUGAGCCUCAGCUCAGAUCCUCAGUCCUCUGGAGUCUGUUCAAAUACCAGCCAUGCUCGCCGCCGCGGGCUCCCUGGUGGCCGCCAUCUGGGCAGGGCUCCAUUUCCGGACUGUGCUGCUGGCUGCUGUCGUCUUCUUGUUUCUGUCUGACUACUUCAGAAGCCGGCGCCCCAAGAACUUCCCUCCAGGGCCGCGACGCCUGCCCUUCCUGGGCAACAUAUUCCAGAUAGACUUUAAGCAGCCCCACCUGGCGGUCCAACAGCUUGUGAAGAAGUAUGGGAAUGUCAUCAGUCUGGAUGUUGGAAUCAUGUCUUCAGUGAUUAUAAGCAGUCUGCCUUUAAUCAAAGAAGCCUUUACUCACCUGGAUGAAAACUUUAUAAGUCGCCCUAAAUUUCCUAUGCAAAAACAUAUCUUUAAUGAAAAUGGGUUGAUCUUCUCCAGAGGCCAGACAUGGAAGGAACAAAGAAGGUUCGCCCUGAUGACACUGAGGAACUUUGGAUUGGGAAAGAAGAGCUUAGAACAGCGCAUCCAGGAAGAAUCGCGACACCUUGUGGAGGCCAUAGGAGAGGAGGGAGGACAACCUUUUGACCCUCACUUCAAGAUCAACAAUGCUGUUUCCAAUAUCAUUUGCUCCAUCACUUUUGGUGAACGUUUUGAGUACCAUGACAGUCAGUUUCAGGAGCUGCUGAGGUUACUGGAUGAGGCCAUGUAUUUGGGUUCCUCACUAAUGGUCCAAUUCUAUAACAUCUUCCCGGGGAUAAUGAAACAUCUUCCCGGACAACACCAAACAGCAAUAGCUACCUGGGAAAAACUGAAAUCGUAUGUUUCUGAUAGAGUUGACAAUCACCGCAAAGACUGGAACCCUGAUGAGCCGAGAGACUUCAUUGAUGCUUUCCUCAAGGAAAUGACAAAGUACCCAGACAAGGCUACUACAAGUUUCAAUGAAGAAAGCCUCAUCUGCAGCACCCUGGACCUAUUCCUUGCUGGAACAGAGACAACAUCCACAACUCUGCGCUGGGCUCUGCUCUACAUGGCCCUCUUCCCAGAAGUCCAAGAAAAAGUACAGGCUGAAAUUGACAGAGUGAUUGGCCAGGAGAAGCAGCCCAGCCUGGCUGACCGAAACUCCAUGCCCUACACCACUGCUGUUGUCCAUGAGGUGCUGAGAAUGGGAAAUAUCAUCCCUCUAAAUGUUCCCAGGGAAGUGACAGUUGACACUACAUUGGCUGGAUUCCACCUGCCAAAGGGUACUUUAGUCCAAACCAACUUGACUGCACUGCACAUGGACCCCAAAGAAUGGGCCACGCCAGACAUCUUCAAUCCAGAGCACUUUUUGGAGAAUGGACAGUUUAAGAAGAGAGAAUCUUUCCUGCCUUUCUCAAUGGGAAAGCGAGCUUGCCCUGGAGAACAACUGGCCAGGUCUGAGCUUUUUAUUUUCUUCACUGCUCUUGUGCAAAAGUUUACCUUCAAGCCGCCAGUCAAGGAGAAGCUGAGCCUGAAAUUCAGAAUGGGUAUCACCCUUUCCCCGGUCAGUCACCGCCUCUGUGCUGUCCCCAGACUGUGAUGUCAGACGCAGAAAGAGAAAGAAGAGCAGGAAGAAGUGAGGCAUGCUCUGAGCCACUGGGGCAACACAUAUGUAAAGGGAGAGAAGGAAGGUGACUGGGGAAAGAUGAGAAGAAGAGGAAUUAGGCUACAGUUAUUUGAUCCAUGUCCUGGACUGCUGUGAUCUCCAAAUUGAUGGUGGAUAAAUCACUUACAAAUCUUUUCAUCUGAGAGUUGCAAUGAGAAUGAUGGUUCCUCCUGUAAAGAAAGUUUUUGGAAACAUGAAAUGAUGGGUUAGAAACAGCAUGGAAAUUGUUAAGUCAUAUUAUAAAAAUUAUACCUUCAAUUUGC